AUGCUACAACUAUCUGGUUCACUUUACGAGAAUCUGGUCUCUGCAACCGUCAUGGUGCCAUUCUGGCAGUGGGUCUUGGUAAAAUUUGGAAAGAAAAUAGCACUGUUUGUGGGACUUAUUUGGUACAUUCCACCUUUGAUCAUCAUCGCUACAGUUAAUGGUAAUCUGCCAGUUAUUAUUGUCAUGGCCAUCGCUGCUGGUGUUAGCCUUGCUGUUGCUUUCUUGUUACCAUGGUCAAUGCUCCCAGAUGUGGUGGAUGAUUUCAGAGCAAAGAACCCUCAUUGUGUAGACCUUGAACCAUUGUUCUACUCGUUCUAUGUGUUUUUCACUAAAUUUGCUGCUGGAGCUUCCCUUGGAUUUUCAACUUUAUGUUUGCAUUUUUCAGGUUACAGACCAGGUUCUUGUGAAUACAUUUCAGCUGUGGCAAGGACGCUGAAGGUGUUGAUAGCACCAGUUCCAAUAACCCUGCUGCUGAUUGGUUUAAUAAUAUUUUACUCUUACCCAAUAAAUGAGGCACGAAGAAAAGAAUUAAAGAUGGAGCUUGAAGGAGUUGUGAAAAGCUGGGAAGUGGAACUGGAAGAGAAUACACUUUAAAAACAACCCUGCCCAUUGUAAGAACUGAGAUCUUUGCAGAUUCCGGCUUCAGUUGGAUUGAGAUGCAGAAUUCUUGGAAUGCAGAUGUAUGGGCUAGUGGUCACCAAAGUGUGCCUCCUUGUGUAUAUUACUAAAUGUGGCUCAUAAUGGAGCUGUGAUGUAGAGACGGGUCUAAAAUGCAAACCGAAGGAGACAUCAACAAAUCAAACAUCUCUUUACCCAACAGGGCUGCACCACAACCCAAAACUGAAAUAAAGGGAGUUUAUGUCUUUAGUUUUUUUUACUUUAAAGAAACGUUUUCCAGUUUGUAUCAAACGACAUACUAAAUUCAGUCCUCUGCAGGAUGACUUCCUGAGAAGAGCUGAGCAAUCUCUAGUGUUUUGAGCAGAAGGAUUGCAGGCUGUGAGAAUGACUUACCAACUUCUCCCUUGAUCUUUGCUAUUCUUUAAGUCCCAAUUAAAGCCCCAGUGAAAGUAAACAGAAGAUAGAAUGGAAUCAUUCUAGCAUAGUUGAUCCGUUGCCCAAGUGAUAAAUGGGUGAAAUUACAGGAUGCUAUUUGAAAGAGCGUUGGAAAGAAUGAUAUGUUUUCAGCUAUUGUAAACCAAUUGAUAAAGACCUUGAUUAUUUUCAGUUUAGUUCCUCUCAUCACCUCUUCUAUACUGACCAGCAUAGGAAAAGUUUUUUUUUGUGUUUUGGAGCAAACCUCUAUAUAAUAAAUACAUUUGUUAAAAGGAGUUCACUUAAUAAAUGCUGCCACAAACAAAUCUUAACAUAGGAAUCAAGCAUUGUGGGAGAGGUAUACUCAAUUUAGUCCUGUAAUCAUAGCCUAAUCCUUAACCCUCCUUUGUCUUUUAGUUUUUGUACUGAACCAUUAUCUGAAAUAAUAGUAGCACAUUAUAGCUAAAUUGUUACAGAACCAAGACUCUUGAGAUUAACAGCAAUUUGUCUUUGAAAAUAAAAUGAAAAUAAUGCCCUUGAGACAAAUGCUGAUUGUUCCUCUGUAAACAAGGAGAACACAUGUGAGCUGAGCUUCAGCCUGUGAACCAAACUGAUGAUUACAAUAAAAUACAUCAGUUAUAGGAACUAAGUGGUCUGCCAUGAGAUGUCUAAGAAUUGUAUUGAUACGUUAAAAAUGCUUUUAAAAAACUUGGGAGAUCAUUUGAACUCUCAAUUUCAGGAUGACUCAUUGUGCUUUUUAAAUCCCUGCUGUAUAGUUGUGGUGAUUCUGAAAAUAUGGUACUGUUGGAACUGUUUUGAAAGCACUGAUGUAAUUAACAUUACAAGCAGUUUUUAGGACAGGAAGCUAAACACAACCACUUCCUCCUCCCAUUUAUGACUAACAUUUAAUAACUUGAAAUAAGAAAAAUUAAAUGUGUGUUUAUAUUUGGACACUGAAGGACCUUUAAGUGCUGUCCAAGAAUCAGUAGGAUUGUAAUAUUUUUCAUCAGAGUCGGUGUGAAAUACAAUUCAAGACAAAAAUUAAAAUUAACAUGAUGUAACUCAUAAAACAUGUUUAUUAAUACUUGACUACAGCAAAUAAUUUGACUGAGUCACUUGAUCUACAUUGGAUGUUUAGUAAAAUUUUCCAUCUCUGUGGAAAUUUGCUGACAUUGUCAUGAAAUCCAGUGAGCAAAAUUAUUUCAUACAGUAAAGGUAAUCUAUACCAGUGUUUGUAUCUAAUAACCAGUGUAGUUACUCAAAUGGAAGGAUGGAGGGAGAAAUUCAACAUCACAUCUGAUAAUUCAAAAUCAUCUUAGUCCAGGAGAAGGGUGAAGCAACCAUUACAGGCUUAUAUAAGACUAACUGGAACAUUACAAAUUAUGUCUCAGAUUAUGCUCCCUGUAUAUUUCUAUUGAUUGUUUAUGUCUGUGUUGUAUAUGUUUAGAAGUAAUUUAUUGUAACUAUAUUUCUGAAAACUUGGAUUUUUUAUGAAUGUUCUCAAGUUUAUAUAUUUUAUAUUCUAAAGUUGUAGCCUGGGAUUUAAUGUAUUUUUUUCUUUACUGUGCACAAUAUCUAUAUUAAAGAAAACUGCUUGUGUGC